AUGUUAUUUCUCCCAGCUUUGCUACUACUUCAUUUAGGGUGCGGCAAAAUCAGGUCUUAUCUACAUGACCAGGAGAGGUUUCCUCCUGGCAGUUCCGGUUGUUUAAAUUUUGAGCCUUACGAAAUUUUCAAGCACAGCAAAGAUGAUACUCUCCCACUGCAUGUUUACCACGAGACUUACUGUGGCCUUCCUGCCACAGUACACUAUAUCAGGAAAUCUAAUUUUGCAGACAUGCAGAAGUGGCCGAGUUUACAGGAGGUUUGCAAUCCAGGCUAUGUGCUAUCCAUCAAGGCAUUAUACCCCACUUCAUAUGACCUUACGAUUGUCUUCACUAAGCCAGUAGAGUCCUCGCUUUCAUCUUGGGUUACAAUGAUGAAGAAGGAACAAUGCCAAUUACCGAUUCGGUAA